UAGCCGCGCUCGGAUUCUUUUGAACACGCCUGCGCAUUUCUCCCGCUCAUUUCACUCUCUCCCCACACCGCCGGCUGGCCGCUGCCGCCCUCAAGAAAGCUGGCGCCCGAGGUAAUCGCCGAGCGGCGCAGCGGCUGCUUGGGAUGACGCGAUAGAGGCGCGCCGCUCGAUGAAGCGAGCGAAGGGGCACAGCUCGGCUCGGGAGAACUUCUGGAGCGACUUAUGAUCCCCCUCUUUGACACUAGGAAGCUGAAGCCCUUUCAAAUAUGUCAAGACAGGAUGCAUACCUUGUUGGGAUACUUUAGGAAGUGACUCUCAAGGCAGAUGGUGUGAAACUGCUUUUCUGGACGGGGUUUCUGUAAAUACUUGUCACUUGACUGGACACCGGACUGCUGCCAUGGAUCAAAACAACAGUUUACCACCCUAUGCCCAGGGUUUAGCAUCCCCUCAGGGUGCGAUGACUCCCGGCAUCCCUAUAUUUAGUCCCAUGAUGCCCUAUGGCACGGGGCUCACACCCCAACCUGUUCAAAGCACCAACAGUUUAUCUAUUCUGGAAGAGCAACAGAGGCAACAGCAGCAAGCAGCAGCACAGCAGUCCACAUCACAAUCCACACAGGGCGCAUCCGGUCAAACGCCGCAGCUCUUCCAUUCACAGACACUUACUACAGCUCCUUUACCAGGAACUACACCUCUCUACCCCUCUCCGAUGACCCCCAUGACGCCAAUAACUCCUGCAACUCCUGCCUCUGAAAGCUCUGGGAUUGUACCACAGCUACAGAAUAUUGUGUCUACAGUGAAUCUUGGUUGCAAACUGGACCUCAAAACCAUUGCCCUUCGUGCUCGAAAUGCUGAAUACAACCCCAAGCGUUUUGCUGCUGUAAUCAUGAGAAUAAGAGAGCCACGUACCACUGCCCUCAUAUUCAGCUCUGGGAAAAUGGUGUGUACAGGGGCGAAGAGUGAGGAGCAGUCCAGGUUAGCUGCCAGGAAGUAUGCCAGAGUUGUGCAGAAAUUAGGCUUUCCAGCCAAAUUCUUGGAUUUUAAGAUUCAGAAUAUGGUGGGCAGCUGUGAUGUGAAAUUCCCCAUCAGGCUCGAAGGAUUGGUACUUACGCAUCAACAGUUUAGCAGUUAUGAGCCAGAAUUGUUUCCUGGUUUAAUUUACAGAAUGAUCAAGCCAAGAAUUGUCCUGCUUAUAUUUGUUUCUGGGAAGGUAGUUUUAACAGGUGCAAAAGUCAGAGCUGAAAUCUACGAAGCAUUUGAAAAUAUAUAUCCUAUUUUAAAAGGAUUCAGAAAGACAACGUAACAGUUCCUCGUGCUUAUCCAAGACGUUGGGGAACAUUUUUAAAGUUACUGAUUAUGGCACAGCUGUAAAAGGAGACUUACAGACUGCAGCAUCAGGCCUUGGAACAUUUUCUCAGUUAGUGCCUAAUUACCAGAUCUCCAUGGGGAGGGUGUUUGUGUUACGUCUAUACUGAGUUACCGUGAGUUGCUUCACUCGGAUCUCCUUGGAGAAACAACUCAACUUAUUUAUAUUUCUAGCUUUUAAACAGUUUUAACAACUAUUUUUUAAAAAAAUCGGAAACCUUACGCUGGCAAAUUGGUUAAACCGUGUUACUCAACAUUUAACAGUUUUCUUACAGUAUUCUUUCAACCAUGAAUAUUAUGAUCAGAAACUUUGAUUCUACAUUUUUAGACCACCUUUCACAUUCCCUGUUUUCAGUAUUCAGCAGGAUAGAAAGUUGCUAAUGAAAACUGAUGGUUGUAUACAUAUUCCUCUAUUUGGGAAGCAAUUUUUUUUAGUUCUAAAUGUAUAAUACAUGCUGCUUUUGAAAA